AUGUCCGACACUCCCUUGACAAAUGAUAAUUCAAAGUUUUAUCUUGCAGUUUUCCUAGUCUUAGCCUUUUCUUCUUUCACCACAGGUCAGAUCAGGUUGGCAGGGCGAGGAUCAACUCAGUGCUCUGGAAGGGUUGAAGUUUACCACAACGAUACCUGGGGAACGGUCUGUGAUGACGACUGGGACAUAGCUGAUGCUAAUGUGGUUUGUCGACAGCUGGACUGUGGCCUUGCUAUCAGUGCACCGGGUUCUGCUCGAUUUGGUCAAGGAGUUGGAAAAAUCUGGCUUGAUAACGUUCAGUGCUCAGGAGAUGAAAGCUCUCUAACCAGCUGUGGACACAGAGGUUAUGGGACACAUAACUGUGGCCACAGUGAAGAUGCUGGUGUGAUCUGUUCAGGUCUGGUCAGGUUGGCAGGUCCUGGAUCAACUCGAUGCUCUGGAAGGGUAGAAGUUUACCACAACGAUACCUGGGGAACGGUCUGUGAUGACAGCUGGGGCGUAGCUGAUGCUAAUGUGGUUUGUCGACAGCUGGACUGUGGUACAGCACUCAAUGCAACGGGUUCAGCUCACUUUGGUCAAGGAGAUGGAAAAAUCUGGCUUGAUGACGUUCGGUGCUCAGGAGAUGAAAGCUCUCUAACCAGCUGUGGACACAGAGGUUAUGGGACACAUGACUGUGGCCACAGUGAGGAUGCUGGUGUGAUCUGUUCAGGUAAAGGAAAAAGCUUUACUAAUCACAUUUAAAAUUUCAUCUUCAAUGUUUAGAUCAGGC